AUGAUUACGAUUUCAUCAAAUGCAUACGAAGAUUAAGGAUCAACAUUUGAAAAUAUUGAUGGAGCAUAUGGCUCUGUAGUUUCAUGUCAUGGUUGUUUAAUAAAGAUGAAGGACACUAUUUUGAUGAAUAUUAAAGCAAUUAGCGGGGGAUUAAUUUCAUUGGUUGGACAUUGUAACGUAGUGUUAGAUGGUAUUCAAGGGUAGAAUAUCUCUGCUGAGAGUAAAGGUGGUUUGCUAAUUGAAUAGUAGUUUUAAUCUGAAUCGGGAAACUUGACACAGAGUUUCAUUAUAUUGAAAAAUACUCAGUUAAUAUCCAAUUUUUAUGCUUAAGAGGGAGGUCUCUUUUAUCUUUUUCAUCCAACAACUUCUUUGCUUAUUUAAAAUGUAAUGAUUUAAAACAUUAGCUCAGCAAUUUCAGGAGGGCUUUUCAGUGUCCUCAACGCGUAUUAAAUUUAGAUAGAAAAUUCGAGAAUAUUAGACAUUUUUUCUAAUAACGCAGCUUUUAUCAUAUCGACAUCAAACUUUCUUAAUCUCAUAAUUAGAAAUACUAAAAUUAUCUGUGAUUAAUAAUACGAUUAAAAAUUGGUACUAAAAUAAUACACAUAAAAUUUUGGUAUAUACACUGAGAGUGUAGCAUAUUUUGUUCUUUAAAAUACAAAAAGCAUAGUACUUAGCAAUAAUAUAAUUGAAUUUUGUGGUAAUUAAAAUAGAGCAGGAGUUUUUUCUAUUUAAAAAACUGCUUUGUCAGAUGAAAAAUCAGUUUACAAAUAUAAUUCUGGUCAAUAUGGAGGUGUCAUUAGUGCCUAAGAAUCAAGCAUAAAAUUAAUCUCAUCAGAAUUCUACAAUAACUUAGGAAAAACAGGUGCAGUUAUCAAUGCAAUUUCUUAUUCAAACUUAACUUUUCGCUUUUGCACAUUUUAAGCAAAUAAUGCUACUAUUCAAGCUGGAGUGUUAUACUUAGCAACACAAUGUAGCCUCAAUAUCUAUGCCUCUUUAUUCUUAUAAAAUUUGGCUUACGAAAAUUCAGUAUUAGAGAUCUAAAGUACUAAUCUAAAUUAGGAUGUAGUAAUAAGCAAAAGUGAAUUCAAAGAAAAUUAAGCUUAGAAAAACACAAUGUCCAUCUUGUAUUCGAAUAGUAAAAAAAUAGUAGAUUAUCAAUAAUCUUAUAAAAUGGAUGAGACAACAGGCUCAUUUAUCUUCCUGAUUUUUGAUGUUAAUAUAUUGAUCGAUAAUUGCUAAUUCGUGGGAGGAUCAUCAAAUUAUGGAGGUGUUCUAUAUAUUUCUGGAGAUUCUGUUGUUAAUAUCAAAAAUUCUAGAUUCAUAAAUAACCAAGCUACAGCUAAAGGUGGAGUCAUAUAUUCAUCAGGUUUUAAGUCUAUUUACAUCGGAGAAUAAUCUACAUUUAUUGAUAAUACUGCUGUUGAUAAUGGAGAAGAUAUUUAUAUCACUAAUUCAUAUAAUACGAUAAGUUUUAACAGAAUAACUAAUCAAGGAUCAGGAGGAGCUAUUUAUUACACUUGUAAUUCACAGUCACUCAAUUGUAUUAUGAAAUUUAUUGGCUCACUGAUAUUUGAAAGUAAUAAAGCUGAUUUAUAAGGUGGGGCUAUUUUUUGGGAUUAAUUAGAACCGAUAACUAAUCAGAGCCAAAUAUCCUUCAUUAACAACAAGGCUCACUAUUAUGGAGAUAACUUAGCCUGUUAUUCAUAAAAUCUUAGAGCUGUAACCUAAACUCAAUAUCUUAAUAAAAUGAUAUAAAUUGGCCUCAAAACUUAAGAUGAUUUUGAUUUAAGAAUACUAUCAUUGGAUUAAAACUUAUUUAAUCAUAGAGAACUUUAGAAUCUAUUAAAUCAAAGAAGUGGAGGUUCUAUUCCUGAAAUUUACAUGGCAAUGAUGGACAAAUAUGGAUAAAUUGUAGGCUCUGAUUUCAAAAGCAAAGUUAGAGUUAAUAUUGACAUUUCAAAUCUAAAUGAAAAUCAAACAAAAUAUCCUCCCAUUUUAGAGGGUUCAAAUUCUUUUGAUAUUAUUGGCGGAAUAGCUGUAAUCUCUGACAUUGUAAUUGUUGGAACUCCAGGAAUAUCUUAUUAGCUUCUAUUUUCUUCAGAUGGAAUAGACUUAAGCAAAAAAUCAAAUAAAGAAGUAAUGUAAUUAGGAGGCAAUUCAAACUUAGAUUUAGAUCUGUAGAUUAAUUUAAGAGAAUGCUUAAUAGGCGAGUAAUUUACCAUUGCUGGAAAAUGCUAACAAUGUGAAGGCAGUUUUUCAUUAGUUUAAAUGACUGAGCCAGGUAAUUGUGAGGUGUGUCCACAGGAUAAAGCAAAGUGUAUAAGUGGUGCAAUUAUUGGCCCACUUCCAGGGUAUUGGAGAAAAAAUAAUGAAACAAAAAUAUUUACUUAAUGUCUCUAUGAAUUUGCUUGCUUGGGAAUGAUACCUCCUAAAAAUAGUCUAGUUGGAGAAUGUUUAAAAGGCUAUUAAGGAAUACUUUGUGCUGACUGUGAAUAUGGAUUUUCAAGAUCAAACGCAUAUCAAUGCUCAAAAUGCCCAGAUAAACUUCUAAAUACGUUUAGACUAUUAACAAUAUUAGCUGCAGUUACUCUUUUAAUUGUAUUAAUGAUUAGAUCUACUCUUAAUGGAGCAAUGGAUACCAAUAAUGUGACAAUCGAAAUUAGAGGGAAAAUUAUGUCAAGUCUUGUUAUCUUGCUAUUUCUCGCGCAUCCUAGUUUGGUCACCAAUUCAUUCUAUAAUUUUAAUUGCAAGGAAAUUGAUGGAGAAUUUAGAGUAUUGGAUGACUUAGAAAUUGUUUGUUGGUCUAGUGUUCAUAACAAAUAUAGCUAUUUUGUAGCUUUGCCAAGUAUCAUUGUUUGGGGGCUAGGCAUCCCAUUUUUUGCCUUAAUUAUUCUUAUAAAUAAAAGAAAGAAGCUUGAAACUUUUGAUUUAAGAUAAAGAUUUGGGUUUUUAUUCAGAGGUUAUCGAAAAGAUUAUUAUUUCUGGGAAAUAGUUAUUAUGUAUAGAAAAAUCAUGAUUGUAUUUACUGCUGUUUUUAUAACCGUUUAAUUCCAUAGUGCUUAAUGA